ACCACGACUCAUCACCUCUGCUCCACGCCGAACCACAAAAUGUCCGGCCCCCACCCCCCGCGUGCACAGCAGACUCCAUCUCAGCUGUCGGAAGCUCAGAUUUCGACUGAGCUUUCGACUGCCAUCGCAUCAGGAACAGGCAAGAAUGUUCACAAACAGCACAAAACGAGGUCUGCAAUACUCAUCCAUUUCAAAAACGAUGAUAUUGGCUGUGACGGCCUCGAAAGAGAACUAGCACAGGUCUUCGAAAGGUUCUACGACUUCCACAAUACCAUACGCCUCUUGCUCAAGGACCAUGAAAAUCCACAAGCGGUUAUACAGACAGCUCUCAUUGAUCUGGUAGCAAAGGGCUUUGCGAAAAAAGACUGCCUUGUGGUCAUUGUCUUUGCUGGCCAUGGAAAGGCUCUCCCUGUGUCCACAUCGGGCUCGGCUCAAGGACCAGAGUACGUUCUGAAGCUCGGGGGUGCAUUGCGUCAUAAUGGACACUUCAAAACUAGAGAAUUGGAUUGGAAAAUGGCGACUUCACUCCUCAGUACGGAACAGUGUGAUGUCCUUCACAUCCUGGACUGCUGCUAUGCCGCCGAAGGCAUGAAUGUAGAUGCAGAGCUAUUGGCUGCUGCCACGGAAACAGCCAGUGCAGACACCAAGACGUGCUUCACAGCGGCCCUAUGUCAACAACUCCGCUAUCUAUCUUCUCAGCAGUUCACGGUCUCCACCCUUUACCAAACGCUCAUGACGGAUCGUAGAGCCUUGAAUCUCGAACGCAUUCCAUUCUACAGUCGACGAAAUGACAUACCCUCAAUCAUCUUGGGAAGGUACAAGGGUAAGACGCCUUCGGUUCCACCUCUCAAGCCAAAUAGUCCGCGUAUCCUACUCACGGCGCAUCUCAAAGGACCUCUCGACAGAGAGGGCGUUGAAGGGUUGAAGAAAUGGCUCAAAGAACAGUUGCCGUCUUCAAUCAUGAACAUGGAUAUCAAGCUGGAAGGCGCCUGGGAUGCUUCGUCUUCAGUUCUCCUCUUUUCUCUCCCCAUCGCGGUUUGGACCCAGUUGAACCGCUCCAACACGGCGUUCAACUAUGUUGGUGAAGUAACCUCGCACAACAAAUUGUUGGGACAAGCUACUUCAACACUUUCUCUUAGACCCCCGCAGGGCCCAGAGAACCUCAAGGCCGGAGAAUCUUCUGGGCAGAAGUGAGCUGCCCAUAGGCUUCACACCCUCAUCUUCUUUGUUCAACAUUACACCAGACACACCCA